ACACAUAAAGACAAACAGCAAACCCCAUAUGCAGGACUGGCCUGACCAGGCCAUGGCCCUGUGGCUGAUCCCUGCAGCCCUGCCCUGGCACUUGUCUCCAAGUCUUCCUGAGGAAGAGAGGUGGAGGAAGAGGCGGGAACAAGGUAAAUAAAGGAUCUGGGAGGGUUCCUGGCAUUUCAGGGUGUGGCCUUCCACCAACAGUAAGCCAUUCAUGGCCAGGUUCAGGCUGUUUCUACUCCUGCUGCUGGCCCUGCCACCACAGUCCUCCUCACUGCCAUGGCCAGACACUGCACAGGGCACCAUGGCAGGCCUGAUCCUGACUGCGCUCGAGAAAGCCACCUUGUUCCUGGAGGGCAGGCUGCCUCUAAUCAACCUGGAUGGUGCAGUCGGAUUCCAAGUGCUGGAAGUGCAACUUCGAGGAGUCCAGGGAAAAUGGGCUUCCGACCCGCUGCUGCAGCCUCUCAGCUUGCGUGCUGGACAGCUGGCCAACACACUGUCUGUUCUACUCCAAAAAUCCAUCUUCUACCUCAAGCAGAGUGACCCCACAUACCUAAGAGAGUUCCAACCAAGCAUUCAGCCUGGGUUUUGGAAGUUGCCACAUGCAUGGACACGCACCAAUGCCUCCCUGGUCUACCCCCAGCUGGAGCCCCUGGACUCAUUCUCAGAGGAAAGCAGCGAUGCGUGCCUGGUGCAACUGCUAGGAACCGGGACAGACAGGAGCCAGCCUUGCAGGCUCUCCAGUUUCUGCAGAACCCUUAUGACCAAGGCCGGCUGCUCAGGCUACAGCCUGUCCCACCAGCUGCUCUUCUUCCUCUGGGCCAGAAUGCAAGGGUGCACUGAAGGGCUGUUCCGCCAGAGCCAGCACUACAUGAAUGUCUUCUGUGCCAAUAUGAUGGAACUGAACCGGAGAGCCGAGGCCAUCAGAUACGCUUAUCCCACCCAAGACCUCUUCAUGGAAAACAUCAUGUUCUGUGGUAUGGCCGGCUUCUCCGACUUCUACAAGCUGCGCUGGCUGGAGGCUAUUCUCAGCUGGCAGAAGCCCCAGCUGGGAUGCUUUGGAAAGCCUGAUGCAAAGGGGGAACUUCCGGAAGGCACUCCGCAUCGGCAGGGCGUUCUGAGAAGAGUGCGAAGACGGGAAAGACUGUUCACAGAUGGCUGUUCUUGCCACAACACAGCCACCGCAGUCGCAGCCCUGGGUGGCUUUCUCUACAUCCUGGCAGAAUACCACCCAGACAAUGGAGAGCCACAUCCACCCACACCGUCACCAGAGAGCAACUAUCAAGACAGCGUGUCCGUGCCUGAGGUCCAGAGGAUUGGCAGGCCCCUUAGCAUUUCUUCUUAGAUCCUGGAGUCAGGGGUCACAUGCUGAGGGGACAUCUGCAGAAAGUGAGCAGCUAUAACCUCAUCACCACAUCUAGGUGUUUAAAAGUCUCAAGAGAGCAGGGCCAGGGAAGGCAGGGUUGGAGAGUGGGGUUGACCAGAUAUCAGCAGAAUACAUAGAGCAGUCAAUCACA